ACAUUCUUUCAAGGCCAGCCAUGGAAAUACCUAUAGUGUUAAGGGGAGCUAGUUUGGCCCUUUUAAUCCUGUUGACAUUGUUGCCACCUUCAAGGGUGUACUCCACUGAAUACAGGCCUCUGUGGCGUGAAGAGCAUAACCGACAAGCCGUGAGGCAAAGGUAUGACAGAUGGGCAGAACAAUAUGGCCGAAACUACGGAAGCGAAGAGGAGAAGGAACUUCGGUUUCAAAUUUACCAUAUGAACCUUCUGUUCAUCGAACAAGUGAACUCCCAAAACUUUUCUUACAAGCUUACUGACAACAAAUUUGCAGAUAUGAUGAAUGCGGAGUUUAGACUUAGGCUCCUAGGUUAUAGACCCCUGUUGCAUAAUCAAACAAGCUUCAGGUUUGGCGGGCCUAUGCUCGUGCCAAAACAAGUCGAUUGGAGAAAAAAUGGCGCCGUCACUCCAGUCAAGGAUCAGGGCCAGUGUGGAAGUUGUUGGGCAUUCUCUUCCGUAGCAGCUGUGGAAGGUGUCAAUCAAAUCAAAACAGGGGAAUUGGUAUCUCUAUCAGAACAAGAGCUUGUGGACUGUGAUGUUAACACGGGGAAUCAAGGUUGCAAUGGUGGAUACAUGGAAAAGGCAUUUCAAUUUAUCAAAAGGAAUGGAAUAACCACCAAUGGAAAAUAUCCUUACAGAGGCGCUAAUGGCAGGUGUGAUGAAGACAAACUGAGAGGCCGAAGAGUGAAAAUAAGCGGCUAUGAAAAAGUACCUCACAAUGACGAAGAAAGACUGCAAGCUACAGUUGCUCACCAACCUGUCUCCGUCGCAAUUGAUGCUGGUGGUAGCGAGUUUCAAUUCUAUUCUCAUGGCAUCUUCAAUGGCCGAUGUGGAACAGACCUCAAUCACGGAGUAACAGUAGUUGGCUACGGAGAAGAAGAUGGCAAAACUUACUGGCUUGUGAAGAAUUCAUGGGGAACAGAAUGGGGCGAAUCCGGUUAUGUAAGAAUACACCGUGGUUCGGUAGACGGGCGAGGUACAUGCGGUAUUGCCAUGGAGGCCAGCUACCCUGUGAAGGACUGAUAAAAACUUGAUAAUUUACAUAUGGUUUGCAGGAAAAAUAAAUGUCAUCUUAUCCGGCCGUAACUUAUACAGGAAAUAGCAACUAUUCUACUGUGGUUAUUCAAAUUAACCAUAUAUGAAAUUUACAUGAAAUGGACCUG